AACGAAGGAGCACGAGACAAGGAUUCAUCAGAUUGAAGAAGAGGAGAAAGUUAUAUACAAUUCUUCUUCUUCUUCUUCUUCUUUCUCGAAGCCUCCUUUUUUUUUUUUAAUUUGGACUUUGGAUUUUGAGUCCCCUCAUUCUUUUUAUCUGAACAAAAAUGUUCAUCGAGAAAUUCAAGGUAGAGAGUCCGAAUGUGAAGUACACAGAGAAUGAGAUUCAGUCUGUGUACAACUACGAAACCACUGAGCUUGUCCAUGAGAACAGGAAUGGCACCUAUCACUGGAUUGUCAAGCCUAAGACCGUCAAAUAUGAAUUCAAGACUGAUACCCAUGUCCCUAAGUUAGGGGUUAUGCUUGUGGGAUGGGGAGGGAACAACGGUUCAACCCUCACUGCUGGUGUUAUUGCCAACCGAGAAGGCAUCUCCUGGGCAACCAAGGACAAAGUGCAACAAGCCAAUUACUUUGGCUCCCUGACCCAAGCAUCAACAAUUCGAGUUGGGUCUUUUAAUGGAGAGGAGAUCUAUGCUCCUUUCAAGAGCCUGCUCCCUAUGGUGAACCCAGACGACAUUGUAUUUGGGGGUUGGGAUAUUAGUGACAUGAACUUAGCAGAUUCCAUGGCUAGGGCCAAGGUGCUGGACAUUGAUCUGCAGAAGCAAUUGAGGCCCUACAUGGAGUCCAUGGUUCCGCUUCCUGGAGUCUACAACCCUGAUUUUAUUGCUGCCAACCAAGGUUCCCGUGCCAACAAUGUGAUCAAAGGGACCAAGAAAGAACAAGUCCAACAAAUCAUUAAAGAUAUUAGGGAGUUUAAGGAGGCAAGUAAGGUGGAUAAGGUGGUUGUGCUGUGGACUGCCAACACAGAGAGGUACAGUAAUGUGAUUGUGGGUCUAAACGACACCACCGAAAACCUUUUGGCUUCUCUGGACAGGAAUGAGGCCGAGAUAUCUCCUUCCACCUUAUAUGCCUUGGCUUGUAUUCUUGAAAACAUUCCUUUUAUCAACGGAAGCCCUCAGAACACUUUUGUCCCUGGGCUGAUUGAUUUGGCUAUUAAGAGGAACAGUCUGAUUGGUGGGGAUGACUUCAAGAGUGGUCAGACGAAAAUGAAAUCUGUGUUGGUCGAUUUCCUUGUUGGGGCUGGUAUCAAGCCAACGUCCAUAGUGAGCUACAACCAUUUAGGAAACAAUGACGGGAUGAAUCUCUCGGCCCCACAAACCUUCCGCUCCAAAGAGAUCUCCAAGAGCAAUGUCGUUGAUGACAUGGUUUCCAGUAACGCCAUCCUCUAUGAGCCUGGCGAGCAUCCUGACCAUGUUGUGGUCAUCAAGUAUGUGCCGUACGUGGGGGAUAGCAAGAGAGCCAUGGAUGAGUACACCUCAGAGAUAUUCCUGGGUGGGAAGAGCACCAUAGUGAUGCACAACACGUGCGAGGACUCCCUGUUGGCUGCUCCCAUCAUCCUUGAUUUGGUGCUUCUUGCUGAGCUCAGUACUCGUAUCCAGCUCAAAGCUGAGAAAGAGGGCAAAUUUCACUCCUUCCACCCUGUGGCUACUAUUCUCAGUUACCUCACCAAGGCUCCUCUUGUUCCUCCUGGCACCCCAGUUGUGAAUGCACUGUCGAAGCAGCGGGCUAUGCUUGAGAACAUACUGAGGGCUUGUGUCGGACUGGCUCCCGAGAACAACAUGAUUUUGGAAUACAAGUGAAUUACAGGGAUGGAGGGAUCGACAGGAGAUGGGUUCUUAAAGUUUACGAUUCAUAUUCCCUUAAAAUCUGUGUGAUGUUAAUGUUGGCGUGAGAAUGUUGUUAGUAACAUAGUAGGCAUUAAUUUGAUGUUUAAAUUUACCUUUUGCAGAAGGCGUUGUAUCUGUAGCCCAGUUGCGUUGGCUCAUUCUGGAGCAAGCAACUCUUUUGUAUUGUAAAAUAUAUGAAUAUAUUGUGUAUAUGCUAAUUAUCAUCUUAUCUUGGCCC